CACAAGGCGCAGCCCCGCAGCCGGGCGGGCCGGGCUGGGCCUGCAGCGCCCAUGCCGCGGGCCAAGCGCAGGAGCCGGCGGCGCCGCCGCCCCGGAGCCGUGCCGCCGCUGGCGCUGGCGUUGCUGGGCGGGCGCGAGCCCUGCAGCCCCCGGGCGCGGGCCGCGGCGCUGGCCGCCGAGUGCCGCUGGGUGCCCGGCGGGGCGCUGGUGACGGGCGGCCGGCGCGGCCUGGAGGAGCUGGCGGCGCCCCGGGGCGCCUCCCCGCCCUGGGCCGCCGCCGCCCCGGCGCCGCCGCCGGCCCCCGCGCCGCCGCCGGCCCCCGCGCCGCCGGAGCCCGAGGCGGCGCCGCGGCUGCGCACCGUGUACGUGAACCCGCGCUGGCUGCAGCGCCAGGCGGCGGCGGCCGCGGCCUUGGCGGGCCUGGCGGGCCCGGCCGCGGGGCAGGGGCAUGGGGAGGCCGAGGUGGCGGGCGCCACGGCCACGGCGAGCCCCUACGUGGGGCUGCGGCGGCCCCUGGGCCACCAGCUGGGCCCCGCCACCAAGGAGCGCAUCUGGCGGGGGGAGUUCAUCGACCUGUUCUCGCUGCUGCACACCGAGCUGGCCCCCGAGCGGGGCCGGGGCCAGGGGCGGGGGGACACGCUGGACCAGUGGGUGUCGGCCUUCCUGGUGUACGCCAGCGUGCUGUGCGAGCGGCACCCCCACAAGUGCGGGGCCAUGUUCAAGUACCUGGACAUGAUCCGCAAGUUCCACGCCACCUAUGGCGGCACCUCCUGGCUGCGCUACGACGAGGACUUCCGGCGCCGGGCCGCCCAGGACCCAGGCCUGGCCUGGGGCGACGUGGACCUGCAGCUCUGGAUGAAGUGGAUGUCCCCGCUGAAGCCUCCCAGAAGUCGGCAGCUGCCUGCUGAGGGCGACGAGCAGGCGCCGCCCCCAUCACCACCACUGCCGCCACCGCCCCUGCCGCUGCUGCCCCCCAGACCGGAUGAGAAGAGUCAGGUGUGCGGCGGGGCUUUGGCCGGGGGCGCGGGCUCCCGCACCGACUGCAGCUCCGAGCAGGAGGGCACCAGGUGCCAGGGGUGUCCCGGCGCGCUUGGAGAGGACAGGGAAGGGCUCGGCGACAGGACACGGGAAGGAGGCGAGCAGCGGGGCUCGGAGAGCCACUCGAGUUGAGACAGGGCCUCGCUUAGAGUAGAGGCGUGGAGCCAUCACCAAUAGCUGAACUGGUGCAACCGUGAACACGCACAGGUAUAGUGACUCACUCCAUUGGUGGGGCUUACCCUAUUGCAAACAGCAGUGAGCUCCACCGUGCAACAGCUGACUUUCCUGUAUAUGGCUGGGGAUGCGCCAGUCCAGUUACGCAGAUAGCAGUGAUGGGGCAUAUCCCCAGUGUAGACGAGGCUGAAAGCUGAAUGGCUUAUUGUCAGAUGCACGAUGCUGGGAAAAUUUUUAUUACUGUGCUGAAUAUAUCUUUUUGUUUUGUUUUGUUUUAAUUCUUUUGAACCCAAAGGAAGGUGCCUUUGCAUCCUUUUCGGUUUGUUUAUUUUUUAGGGGUUUUUUUGCUUUUCUGUUCCUGUAUGUAUUGUAUUUCAUAGUGACUGUUGGUCCAAAAGUUUGGUAAAUAUGUUGGAUGGUACUAGCCUAAUCUGGAAGCAGAUAACUUUUCAAGGGGAUUUGCAAACGUGUAAUCAAUCACACUUAGUCUCAAAUUUUGCCUUGUAUCGAAACUGGUUUGUCUUAGCCAACUUCCAAAAUAGUGGAAAUGCCACCAUAAAAUAAGUACUGUAAUAGCUCCCACUACAGCUGUUGUGGCAUUAGUACACUCUAAUGAUGGUAUCCUGUUCUUAUGCAAUUUGUUCUGACAGCUCUAUUUAGACUUCUCCAUUCUGAACUGAAGCAGAUCAGUUUUUACUUCAUUGGAGGUCUUACCACGUGAGCGCUCUAAAUAUAAUAUGUCAGAUACAUAUAUAUAUAUUUUUUUAAUUUAUCAGAGGUUUGAAUUCCAGCUUGUAUCUGAAUCAAGAGUCUGGUUACAGUUACAAGUUAUUCUAUCUGUUAGUACUUUGUGCUGGACAGAUAUCCUAUUAAGAAUUUUGUUCCUGUUGAAAUUGGUGGUAAAAAUUCCUGUUGUGGUUUUUUUGGGGGGGCGGGCAGUUGCUGGCAUAGGAUUUGGCUCAAAUUUGGAAAGUUUUUCCCCAGACCUGAAAAAUGUGAUAAGAAUUUACCAGUUUUUUUUAGAAAAGUGUUAAAUGUAUUCUAGUCUCUAAAUAGGUUUAGCUAUGUAGUUUUUUUUGGUAUUGUAGAUUAAGGGCCCCACCUAAAUAUAAAGUUUGUACUAGCAGUACCACUUUAACUAAUCUGUAAAGUGGUAUAGCUGCCCCUCAUGUGGAUGCAGUUACAUCCGUAUAAAAAUGCUUAUGUUGUCAUACCAGUGCAAGCACUUACAGGAAUAAACUAUAACUAUUUCAGUUAAAUUAUACCCCUAAUUGAAAUAAUAAUACAAGUGUAGUUUUUAAGCAUAGGCUGCAUCAUUUAAGAUGAAGUGUGGGACUUUCCUGACAGGGCAAGGGCAUCAGUGGAGGUCCAAACGUACAAUGGAGUUGCUGUCCUUAGAAUGAGAAAAGGAAAUAGGUUUUUUCCCCCUUACUCUCUCUUAAUUUGCUAUUUGUGGUUUUGUUAUGAUAUGUUAAGACAGAGUCAAAGAAAUAAAAAUUGUGCCUGUUUUGGUGAGAGGACCAGAGAACUACAGUGGCCUAAACCUGAAUCUAUACAUUUCCCACUUGAAUGAUUGACAAAAGCAGGGAUGCUGUCUUACACAAAGAUUUCUCCCAGAUUGCUUGUUGAAUCAAAUGUGUGCUUUUUUCGUUUUGUUUAAUAUAUUUUUACAAAAUCAGAGAACACUUUCACACAGCCCAAUGCAACUGUGGACAGGUGAACAGUUAAGGAAGUUUUAAAAUUCUUGUGCUUUACAGCUGUUCCAUUGUAACUUCUGUCUGUCCACUCUUAAAUGGAAGCUGAACUGUUCAUAACAAGCCCUAUUUUAUUCAGCCAUAAUGUUGCUGUGGUCUGAUUCCACUAUACCUGUGCAAGAGUGGACAGACAAAACAGUUUCAGAAAUUCAACUGAUGCAAGCUCUCAAGCAGUGAGUCCCUCUCCUUUCUUAAACCGGUUGAAUGUGAUAGCUGUUUACAGCUUAAACCAGUGGUUCUUAACUGGAGUACCAUGAGAACUGCCCCCCGCCCCUCCCUUCUGGGGUGCUGCAGCAUUGCUGGCUGGGUAAAACUGCCUCACAUGCUUCUGCAUUAGGGCUCUUUGAUAAAACUGAAGCAAGUAGGAUUGCUGCUUUGGGCUGCAGUUGUUCCCAGUCUAGCCCCUCACCCCCCCCCCCCCCCCCCACACACACACACUUUCUGGAAAUAGUUUCACCUAUUUUGCAUGCCUCCGUGUCUGGGGGAUGUUGUGCAAAGUUGGAUUGGGAAGGGUUGAGCAUGAGCCAGCUUUCCUCCCCACUUUAAGCUGAUCAGAGAACCCUAAUGCAGAAGUAGUGUGUGCACGUGUCACAGCCCUUUCCAGCUUGGCUGUGCAAGUAGGCACAUGCAGAAGUUUUAUCUGAAGGCAGCAACACAGUUGAGAAGCACUGAGAUAAACUGAGCAUAGUGGUUUUUAGCUGGGGGUACUGCCACAUUCAAAAAAAGUUGUGCAGGGGUGGUGCGACUCUCGGAAAAGGUUGAGAACAACUGGCCUAAAUGAUCCUUCCUCUCUCAAUUGAAGGCUUUGAAGACUGAUUAGAUUAGAUUUCAAUGCCUUGUAAAAUCUGUAGUUCUGCAAGCCUACAGAGAAUCACUGGUAUUAACUAAAUGAAAAGUUGGUAUUUCUAAUGUAAGAAUAAGCAUAAAUAUAAACAAACAAAAACCUGAAGUUUACUUCAUAAAUUAGUAAUAUGGAAAUAUCAUUUUUAUUCUUUAAGAGACGAGACAGAGAGCUUAAGUUAGUAGGCAUGAGUACAGCCAACUGAGAUAAAUUAUAGCAAACUGAAGUCUGGGUUAAUAUUAGCCAAAAAAAUUUCAGACCCAUGCAACCACAAAGUUGGUUGGAAGGGCAGUUAGAUUAAGUGUAUGAGUUAAUAUAUUAUAACUGACUAACUUUGGAUUUUAAAUAUUUGCAGAUUUGUUAAAAACAGAAUUUCUUAUUGGUGCCAACAGCCUGAAUCCAUUGGUGUUUAAGAGGAGCUCUGGUAUUCUAGUGCAUUUUUUUACCUCUGCUUCUGUUGCAUUGCAAGCUGUGCUAGAGAAGACAUAGGAAAUUCGUUUUACCCAAUCAGCAAUUGUAACAAUGGACUACAAACCUACAGAGCAAGCCAGUUUGUUGGAAAACAGGAGUUCCUGCAGCGCAGCACUUGACACAGACUAUCCAGAGGGCAGAGAUUCAAGAGGGUGAAUAAAUCUGAAACAAUCUCCAGAAGGGGAAUCCUAACCUAAAAUUCUAAUUUGAAAAUAUUAGCCAUUUAAAAAACAGAUUGCCCUUUCUCAUUUGAGCAGUGUAUCACAACUGGACACUUCAAAACGUGUGUACUGUACUACUAAAAAAUCUAAUACUUGUCUUUGUUAGAGUUGUUAAUUUUUACCAUUUCUGAAAAAUAUCUGCAGCAAAUGUGUAUGAACUUGAAAUUAUCUUACAUUCAGUAUAUCUCAGGUGGUUGAAAUAAUUGCUUUAUAAGGCUCACCUAAUACUGCCUCUUAAUUUUUUUUCUCUGAACUCCCCUCCCCAUCUUUAAUUUACACUGGCACCAUUGAAAACAGGCAUAACAGUCAUACGUAUCUAGGUCCUUACCCAUACUAAGAGUUGACCUAAAUUCUUCUUCCAUUUACAUCCCAGUAGCAUACUAGCAUCCAGUACAUACAUCUGAGUGGUGUAUCUGGCAUCCUAAGUCUCAGGUAUGAUUGUUUAUAGUCUGGUGCCAAUGAGAAUCAGAUUAGAUGGUCUAUGGUGUAACAAUACUCCAUUUUCUUCAGUGGCUUAUUUUCCAUUUCUCUCCCCACACAUCCUAGAGAAUAUGAUUGAAGUAAUACUAUGCUACAAUAACACACUAUGGUAAGGUCAUGCCUUUCAUUGUAUCAGGAAAAUCUGCCACUAUCUGUUCUAUUUUCCCCCUUCUUAAUAGUCUCAGUUACAUGAAUUAACAUGAAAUGUUUGUAAAUUCAUGUUAAAGUGUUUGAGAUCUCAUCUAAAUAAAUUUUUAUAUAUAAAA